AUGGUGGCGCGAAGAUUGGACGCGCCGACGGCGACGCAGCGCGCGGUCGUCCCGGUGGCGCUGCGAGGGCGCGACGUGUGCGCGCGCGCGCCGACGGGGAGCGGGAAGACGAUGGCGUACUUGGUGCCGAUGCUGGAUAAGAUGUGCGCGCGCGCGAGCGCGACGGCGAGCGGGCCGAGGGGGAUCGUGCUGACGCCGACGCGGGAGCUGGCGCAUCAGACGCGACGCGCGUGCGCGGCGGCGAUGCGGACGUGCGCGCCGGGAAUGCGCGCGGGAGAGCUGCCGGUGGCGAGCGCGGGGACGAAUGUGCUGAGAGAAACCGCGGGAUCGCCGCCGGACGUGCUGGUGGCGACGCCGACGAGGGUGGCGGAGUGCGCGCGAGGCGGGUACUUUCCGCCGGGCGCGCUCGGCGACGGGUUGGAGAUGGUGGUGCUGGACGAGGCGGAUUUGUUGCUGUCGUUCGGGUACGUGGACGACAUUAAGUGCGUGAUGAAAGCGGUGAAGCGCGGGACGCAGGUGAUGAUGCUGAGCGCGACGAUGAGUAAGGAGAUUGAAGAGUUGCGAGACGUCAUCGCGCACAAGCCGACGACGAUCGACGUCGACGACGAAGAGGACGUCGACGCCGAGAAGGGCGAGGCGAAAGCGGGCGAGGGCGCAAAACCGGGGCCGGAUAUCAAGCACUACUCCCUGCACAUUCCCAAGGCGCACGAUCGUCUGCUGUACGUCAUGGCGUUGCUUCGAUUGGGUUUGUGCAAGAAGAAGGCGCUCGUCUUCGUGUCGAGCGCAGACGCCGCCGUUAGAUUGCGACUCUUCUUGCACAAGUUCGGUGUUCCCACGUGCGCACUUCACGGUGAGCUUCCCGCGAACUCGAGAACGCACAUAUUGCAGGAGUUUAAUCGCGGGGUGUACGAUUUCAUGGUCGCCGCCGCCGACGACGCGAACAUGGCCGAGCCGACGGAGGAGGCGGACGCAGUAGAAGAACAGGAAGACAAGGCGCCCACGCGCGAGAGCAAGAAGAAGAAACGGGACAGGCGCGAUAAGGAGUUCGGCGUCGUGCGCGGUAUCGACUUCCAAGCCGUGAACACGGUGAUAAACUUUGAAGUGCCGACGACGGCGGCGGCGUACGUGCACAGAGUAGGACGUACCGGACGCGCUGGGAACUCUGGAACAGCUAUCACGCUCGUGGCGCCGUCGGAAGAGCAGUCUUUUGCGGCGAUUCAAAGCAAGCUCGCGAGCGCGGUCGGUGAUGCGGUCGCGGCGACACAAGUCAUGCAGCCUUUCGAUCGUCUUCCCAAGGAAGCCGUCGACGCGCUGCGAUACCGCGCAGAGGACGCCGCGCGCGCCGUUGGCAAGACUGCGGUGAAAGAAGCGCGGGUUCGAGAGUUGAGGCAAGAACUAUUGAACUCGGAGCGCUUGGCGGCGCACUUUGAGGAUAACGCGGAAGAUUUAGCUUUGCUGAAGCACGACACGAGUUUAGCGAAACACCCAGACGCGAAGCACUUGAGCCAUUUACCCGGGUACUUGCGUGGCGGUAAAUCGAGGCGUGGUGCGGCCAGAGUCGUCGAACCGGACUCCGAGCACGCGAGGAAUGCUUUGAAUUAUCACUUGGACGUGGAAGUUGCCGAGUUCGGUUCGAAGAAGAAGCGUAAGCGCAACGAUAAACGCGAAACCGGUCCGGAUUUGCGCGUGAACAAUAAAUUCAAGAAGGGCAACUUCAAAAAGAAGUCUGGCGGGCGAAAGCGCUCGCGCUGA